AUGGGCUGGGAUUUUUUCUCAACGAGGGACGGAUCCGAUCGAGUAGUAGUAGUAGUAGUAGUAGUAGUGGUAGUGGGCAGCUGUACGAGCUUGCAAAACGAGCUUGCAAAACAAGCAAAUUGGCGGAACGUGGUGGGCUCCGCGCUUUUCUGCUCAAGGUGGCGAUCGCGCUCGACGCGGAGCGCAGCGACGAAUUCCAUGGUUGUUCGAGCGAUCGAUUGCUCUCGCUGCGGCGUUAAUCCGGCUUUCCCCCACCCCGCGGACCCAGAAACAAAACCACGUGCGCGGCUCCCUCGUGCGUAUGCGCUUUUAUGUGCCCACCUCGCAUAUGCGCGCGCACAUGUGCGUCGGCUAUCUGCAUUAUUCACGCUGUGCGUCAUGCGGAAAGUGGUUGCAGCCUGCUGCAGCUUCCAGCUGCCGCCUCGGAGCGAGUUCGAUGUGUCGAAACCCUGGAGGCGAGCCUUUUUUCGUAGUUACACGCAAUGGCCCACUUGA